AUGAAGCCAACAGCCAAGGACAACAAGCAGGAUGAAUUGAAUGACGUUGCCAAACAUCUGAAAGACUUGAAUGUGUUUGACAAACGGAAAAUGCCACCUGUGAUCCAUGGUAGGAAAGCCAGCACAUACUUAAGAGUCUUUCAGGAUGACGAGAAUGGACAUAGACACAACAACGUGGAUGACAAAGCCCAGCACGACAAUACGUGCGACCCAAAAGAACUACACCAUGCGUGGAGACUGCCUAACUUUGGUAAAAAAGGUGAAUCUCGCAUCGCACUACCAAGGCGACACUCUUCUUCUGUUUACGACGGGAUCUCACGCUUCAGGCAGGGGUUCAAUCGAGACAAGUUCGCAAAUCCGGCUCAUUCUCGUAAACCGGGUCGAUUCACCAAGAAAUGCCCUGUGACCAGCUCCACUCGCAGGUACCCCAUCAAUAAGUCUACAGACGAAGCACAGCUUCUACAAGAUCCACCAGCUACCAUCACGGAAUUUGUGCCGUUACAAACCGAACCAAAAUCACAGCCUUCUGAGGCAGGCGCUAUACCAGACGAGCGUGACAAGCUUCUGCCGCUUAAACCAAUAUCAUCAGCUACUUACUAUCCGCACCAGACUAAGAGCGAGUUACUUGAUGAUCCAGUAACCACAAAGCCAAUGGCGAGGUCCGCACCAAUAGUACCGCAAGUCCAAGUGAUGAAGAAAAGACCCAACACGGAGGCAAUCGAAUCUUCAAAACCAGUAGAAUCACUAGCUAAAACCAAAGAAGCUUUAGCGAGUAUUAAACGGGAUGAAAUUGACGAACACAAACCAGACGACGAGGUAUAUCCCUUGGCUGUCGAAUUACAACCUUUCACCAAUAAAGUCGGAGGCCAUACAGCAAUAUUCAGGUUUUCUGAAAGGGCGGUCUGUAAAGCUCUGGUUAGUAGAGAAAACAUGUGGUACGAAAACAUUGAACAGCAGCACAAGGAGCUUCUGGACUUCAUUCCUCGUUACAUCGGUGUUCUCAAUGUAAGGCAGCAUUUCAAUUCAAAAGAAGAGUUUUUGAGGGAAGUUGAACGUGAAAAGAGAGCUAAGCUAGCAAAAAAGCAGCAAAAAUUGGAUGCAAUAUCGAGUACGGGGCCAUCAGGGAACCAGCCCCAAAACACUCACUCUUCUUCUCCCCCGUUAGAACUGAAAAAUCCAGAGGUGGUUUUGGACGAUAAUAAACAUAUAAUUCCGGAUUCAUUAUGGUACAAGUAUUCACAUUCGCCAGAAUCAGCCCCCAGUGAUUCUUACCUCUCUUCACAUAGCCUUGAAGACAGAGCUCCAAGGUUUGGAGAUUCGGGUUCAACAGUGAUAAACACCAAAUUGCAGGAAUUAAUAUUGAAGGAAGUCUUUGCUCCCACAAAGCGUAAAUCUCAUAACAGGGUUUCUUCAUUAAAUGACAAACUGGGAUCCAAAGGUAGCAUUUCUUCAACCAAUCUUGUGGCACUUAAUAAUAGCGUAAGGAGAAAUUCAGACGAGUUCAAAGGGGCUGGCGUCUUACCCCCUUCUCCCCUGUUGGAUAAGUCUACGAAGGCUAUUUUAGCAAAUGCUAUCGACUCACAUAGCUCCGUGCUCGACUUGAAACAAUUUCAUAUGCGUAAAAUGGCUAAAAUCGAUGCGGAUAAUCAAAUUUCUUCCGAAGGUGUCGAAUCCCAGGAGGAUUCGAUACCACCACCGAAUUCGUUCGGCGAUGACUAUAGAGAUCCGGCGGAGGAAGAGGAUGGAAUAUUUACUAUGGAGGAAGAUUUGCCACGGCCAAAAGAGGAACCCAAUCACGAAUCAAUCUCUUUCGAAGAAAAUUCCCAUACAAUUGUAUCGAAAUUCAUUUUAUUGGAAGACCUAACGCGAAAACUUGAUAAGCCUUGUGUUUUAGAUCUUAAGAUGGGAACUAGGCAGUAUGGCGUGGACGCAAAUAAAUUCAAACAUCUUUCGCAGAGCAAAAAGUGUCGUCAAACGACGUCUAGAAAGUUGGGCGUGAGAAUUUGUGGAUUAAAGAUUUGGAAUAAAGACUAUUAUAUCAAAAGGGACAAGUAUUUUGGAAGGCGUGUCCAGAUUGGCUGGCAAUUCGCCCGCGUUUUUGCUAGGUUUUUGUACAAUGGGAAAGAUAUCUCGAGCAUAUUGAGGCAAAUACCACAAUUGAUUGCUCAGUUGGAUAAACUUUAUGCCGAGAUCUUGAAGCUGAAAGGAUAUCGUUUAUAUGGCUCGUCGCUUCUGUUGAUAUACGAUGGGAAUGACCCCGAAAACAGAAGGUGCAGCGUUAAAGUCAAUUUGAUUGACUUUGCGCAAUGCGUGACCCGCGACGAUAUAUUGAAGAGUUAUGACACGUUUCGCAUUCCUCCAAAGUCACCAGAGACCGAGGACAAAGGGUUCUUGCGCGGAGUACGAAGCUUAAAAUUCUACCUCCUCAGCGUCUGGAAUUAUUUGACUAACGACAGCCCUUUACUGUACGAUGAAGACCUUGCACGCUACAUCGAGGACAAUCUCGACACAUUGGAGAAGCCAUGGGAUUGGUUGGAUAACUUUGAUGAUGAGUCUGAGUUUGAAUUCGACAAUCCAGAGAGCGAGCUACGCAAGAAAUGGCGCAAAUACGAACUGAUUUUUGACCUGGAGCCGCGCUACAUAGACGACGGCGACGUCAGUGAAUAG